CAAGAAAGUGAUGCAAAUAAGGAAUAUAGGAUAUAGCCUAAUGUCAAUCAAACAUUGUCACCAAUCCUUGUGCGUUCAGGGCAGGGCAUCUAGAAGCGGUCACAAUAUAAAUCCUGUAAGAACUGCAAUUGUCAAGACGCUUUGAGCUACGCCACCAAGACAGCUACAUUGUCAAUGUGUGUGAUCAUGCGAUGAUGGGAAUGGCGCAUGGCAAUCGCUGCGCUCUUAUCAUUUCAAACUAACCUGAGGAUGUAUUGGAAGCAGAGUGAGCGACUCCAACCCUGAUUUGAAGUUGGAUAGCCUACAUGAAUCACUCGAAUUUAAAACAGAAACGAUGACUGAAGGAAACAACAGCAGUGUAGGCCUACAGAAUCGGUCCUUGACGGAUCUGGACCGGUUCAGUAGCCUAGAGGACAUCGACGUGACAGCGGACGGUACUCCGAUUUUGAGGGUGUUCAUCUGCGUCGUUUACUCCGUGGUGUGCGCUGUGGGCUUGGUGGGCAACUUACUGGUGCUGUUCUUUAUCAGAGUGAAACAAGAGCGGAAAAAAUCCAGAAUCAACUUCUUUGUACUUAACUUGGCAGUGACGGACUUCCAGUUUGUAUUGACUCUGCCGUUCUGGGCAGUGGACACCGCACUUGACUUCAGCUGGCCGUUUGGAGACGCCAUGUGCAAAAUCAUCAGCUCCGUCACGGUUAUGAACAUGUACGCGAGCGUGUUCUUUCUGACUGCAAUGAGCGUCACCCGAUACUGGUCCGUCGCCUCCUCUCUAAAGGACCGAACUAGGCAAAAGUCCUGCUCUGCCAAAUGGAUUAGCGUGGUUCUUUGGGUAUCCGCAACAAUUGCGACUGCACCAACAUCCAUAUUCUCAACCGUGACAAAUGUAGCGGGGGAAAAACUAUGUUUGCUUAAGUUCCCUGAUGGACAAUAUUGGUUAGCAGUUUAUCACCUUCAGAAAAUUAUAUUUGCAUUUGUUUUACCCAUGGCCAUUGUUUCAGUCAGCUACAUCAUGCUUUUGCGAUUCAUCCGCAACCGUAGUAUGAAAACAAACACCAAACGGACAUCACAAGUCACCAAAUCUGUCACCAUCGUCGUCCUCUCCUUCUUUCUUUGCUGGAUGCCAAAUCACGCCAUCACAUUCUGGGGCGUCCUUGUGAAAUUGAAUGCUGUGCAUUGGGAUAAAUCUUACUACAUAGUUCACACUUACGUAUUCCCUGUGACAGUCUGCCUUGCGCACGCCAAUAGCUGUCUAAACCCUGUCAUUUAUUGCCUAAUGAGAGAAGAGUUUAGAAAGAAACUGAAAGAUUUGUUAUAUGGCGGAUAGUCAUUUUACGCAGUGGAAGAAUCGGUUGCCGUUGCCAUUACGCACGCGCUCCCUGUUGCAUAAUGUACCCUAUAGGGCGCACGACAUGGGUGUACUGUAAUAGGCGAAUGCAGUAUGUUCU